AUGGAAGCAUUUGAUGGGACCAGAUACUCCAUGAUUGCACAGAGCUUCAAGCAAGUGAGCUCAUCAACCCAGGAUCUGCUCAAAAUGUUGCAAGCGAAACCUGGUCGUAUUGAAGCCACGGCUGGCCUGGACUUCUGGAAAACUCCGAACGUCACCGUUUCUCAAGACGGGAGUGGGAAUUUCAGAACAAUUACGGAGGCCCUGGCGGUGGCUCCGAGUCACAGCCAGAAUUACUUCGUGAUUUUUGUUAAGAGAGGAGUGUACAAGGAGAACGUGAACAUCGACGGCUCGAAGUGCAAUCUGGUCCUAAUCGGCGAGGGCAUGGACGUUACUACGAUUUCCGGCAGUCGAAGCUUUCGUGGUGGUUGGGAAACAUUUUAUUCUGCAACAUUUGCGGUUUCUGCAGAUGGAUUCAUUGCGAUGGACAUAGGGUUUGAGAACACAGCCGGACCAGAAAACUAUCAGGCAGUUGCGCUUCUAUCCGGCGGCGAUCGCGCAGUUUUCUACCGUUGCAAGAUCAGCGGAUACCAAGACACGUUGCUUGUGCAUGCCGGUCGUCAGUUCUUUCGAGAAUGCCAAAUCAGUGGCAGCCUCGACUUCAUCUUUGGCUACGGCGCUGCUGUUUUCCAAAAGUGUUUGAUCACCGUCAAGAAAACUAUACCUGCCGUAAUCAACACUGUCACCGCUCACGGCCGCUACGCCCCUAACGACCCCACCGGCUUCUCCUUCCAGUUUUGUACUAUCUCCGCUGACUCCGACGUAGCCGCCGGGUACUUAGGUCGGCCUUGGGGAAAGUAUUCACGUACAGUUUUCAUGCAGUCGUACAUUAGCAAUGUUAUACAACCACAGGGUUGGAUUGAAUGGAAGGGGAAAUCUGCACUCGACACUUUGUACUACGGUGAGUACACGAAUAAUGGGCCAGGUGCCGGGCUUUCGAGCCGGGUCAAUUGGCCCGGUUACCAUGUGAUUGAGAACCCGGGCGAGGCUGAUGAGUUUACAACAGCCAAGUUUAUUGAGGGGGACUCAUGGCUUACACCUACAAAUAUUCCAUUCAUUCGUGGAUUGGAGGACUAA